AGCCCUUUUCCAGUGACUGACGAUUAGCAACUCCAUCCAGCUGAUGGCAAGCGAACAUUACAUCUAAGCAUCGUCGCAGAAGCGAACAAAGUAGCAACAGCGACGGGACGUACGGCGGUCCACUGGCCGCCCAACUCGUGGCCGGCAGCCUCUCCACGUGCUGGCCGACCCCUCAAAACGGCCGCUGCGGCGGGCACGCACCAGCAAGCACACCCGAGAGCGGCCAUUUCCAACGCAAACACCCCCACCCCCACCCCCACCCCCACCCCCACCCCGCAGAGCCCAGAGUCCGCCCGUGACAACCCGUAGCGUCUCUGAUCUCUCUCGUGACUCCCGGUCCGGAGGAGCACAGGCAUGGAGCUGGAGCAGAAGCCGCCGCCGCCGCCGGCGGGGUACUGGAGCGGCGUGGCGGGCGGGCGCCCCUGCGACGCGUGCGCCGCGCGGCCGGCGCGGCUGCACUGCCGCGCGGACGGCGCGUUCCUGUGCCCCGGCUGCGACGCGCGGGCGCACGGCGCCGGGUCGCGGCACGCGCGCGCGUGGCUGUGCGAGGUCUGCGAGCACGCCCCCGCCGCCGUCACCUGCCGCGCCGACGCCGCCGCGCUCUGCGCCGCCUGCGACGCCGACAUCCACUCCGCCAACUCGCUCGCGCGCCGCCACGAGCGCCUCCCCGUGGCGCCCUUGCUCGGCGCGCUCUCCGACGCGCCGGCGCCGCAGCACUUCCCCUCCGCGGCGGCGGCAGCGGGGGAAGAAGCGUCGGCGGCGGAGGAGGAGGACGGGAGCGACGAGGCCGAGGCGGCGUCGUGGCUGCUCCCCGAGCCCGACAACAGCCACGAGGACAGCGCCGCCGCCGACUCAUUCUUCGCGGAGCCGGACGCGUACCUCGGCGUCGACCUGGACUUCGCGCGGUGCGUGGACGGCGUCAAGGCCAUCGGCGUGCCGGUCACGCCGGCGCCGCUCGAGCUGGACAUGGCUGCCGGCAGCUUCUUCUACCCCCAACACUCCAUGAACCACAGCGUGCCGUCGUCCUCUGAGGUGGCGGUGAGCAGGGGGAAGGAGCGGGAGGCGCGGCUGAUGCGGUACCGUGAGAAGCGGAAGAGCCGGCGGUUCGACAAGACCAUCCGCUACGCGUCCCGCAAGGCGUACGCCGAGACGCGGCCGCGCGUCAAGGGCCGCUUCGCCAAGCGGUGCUCGGAGGACGACGACGCGCUGGAGCACGAGGAAGCGGCGUGCUUCUCGCCCGCGGGGUCGGCGUCGGCGUCGUCGGACGGCGUCGUCCCGUCCUUGUGUUGAGGAGAGAGUCGGCUGCCCGGCGACGACGACUUCUUUCCUUAGGUUUUUGCCAGCUCUGUCCACUCUGAACUUGAGCUCCGUUUUGUUCUCUUUUGAUCUGAAAUUCUGAACGCGAGCUACGUGUAGCAUGAAUAACGGUGUGUAGCUGUUCGAUGGACGAACUCAACAGUCGCGUUUCGCGUGGAGCUACUGCAACCCUUGUCGGUCCUCCGACAUCACUGUAAAUUAAUCCACUCGUCCUUGUACAUUACCAUCCAAAAUUCCACCCCAAGAACACACAUAUUACGGUUU